CCCUGUUGUGCUUGACUUUUGCACCAUUGAGACGAGCUCAAAAGGGUAAUAAACAAUAUAACCGUAGCACAAUCCCGCCAUCUAUUCGUGAACGCCGGACAGGUUCAGUGUUUUUUGGUUAAAGCGAUUGACAUCACGGCUCAAUCCCCUUCAAACUAGCGGGCUCGCGGCUAGGCUCUAUCAUGUGCAGCUUCCGGGCGCCGUGGGUGUCCGGCGUCCUGAAGCGGCACGCGUCAGUGGUGCCACCCUUCAUCCGAGCCAACCUGGAGGGCCCUCAGCCUAACAAACUGCUUACUCUUGUCAUCAUCAACGAUGGCUCACGGGUACUACUGGGGAGAAAGAAGCGCGGCUUUGGUGAAGGCUACUUCAACGGGUUCGGGGGGAAAGUUGAGGCUGGAGAGACGGUGCGGCAGGCAGCAGAGCGCGAGCUGCUGGAGGAGGCUUGCAUCACGGCGGAGGACAUGAAGGAAGCAGGCGUGCUGGUGUUCACGUUCGAUGACAACCCGCAGCCCUGGGAGGUGCACGUGUUCAGUGCCUCAAGGUUUCGCGGGGAGCCCACGGAGACGGACGAGAUGGCGCCGGUAUGGUUCAACCAUGCGGAGGUGCCUUUCGACAAAAUGUGGGCCGACGACGUGCACUGGUACCCAGCGUUCCUGCAGCACAGAUACUUCCGCGGAGUGUUUGGCUUCCGGAAUACAACAAAGCUGGUAUGGCACAUACUGGAGGAGGGCAACGAGUAAUAUGGCCCGGCAGCACGACGGUAAUGUUACUCCGUUUGCUGGCGUUUGGGGCAGCCUUGCUUCAAGUCAACCGAGAGUUGUCCGAUGCGUCUUCAUGCGAGGCCGCUGUAGGCAGAUGCUAGCGGCUGAUUCCGUCUGUCCCGGAUGCGCUGUGUUGCGCGUUCACGCACCACAUGACUGGCGACCAACCUCCACACUAGCAGAAUGCGCGAGUGCGGCAUGGGAGUACUUGAAGCCUAUUGACUGCAAAUAGGCGGCAGCUUCGAAUCGGCCAAAGCGGCGGCGGCGGCGGCAGUACAAGCCCUGGCCGCGGCAGCAGCGGCGCACGGCCUGGUGACGGCAGCGGCGGCGCAAGGCCUGGCCGCGGCGGCGGCGGCGCAGGGCUUGGCAGCGGCGGCGGCGGCAGCGGCCCUGGGCCCAGCAGUGGCGGCGUGCAUGUGCGUAGCGGAGGGGGCAUGCACGUGGAGGAGGAGAGCGCGGCGCCGCCAAAAAAGCGGCGCCAGUGCACAGUUUGAGGCCCGGCUGUUGUCUGGUCAGCAGUCUUUUGCGGCGAGCAUAGCAUGGCACGGGGUGUGGUUGUCCUGUGUCUGCUGUGCUUGUGCUUGACAGCGGAACACGGCUGGACACGUGGCGGGCGGUGCCUGUACAAACCGACCCCGGCUGUAGGAGACAAGGUGACGGACAGGAUAACAUGCGUACAAACGACGGCUAGAUGAUGCAGUUUCGGAACUGUCGGCCUCAGACAGCGGCAUGGGCGCAUCCCACGUUUUCCUUGGGAGUGAGAGGCCACUUUUAAGUGUCAUUGCCACCAUCUGCCCCACCGGGGAUGGCCCGGCCGACGUGCUGUGGCAGGGGAAUGAGGGGAUAGCCGUGUCUAAAUGCGUAUGUUACACAAGAUGAACUCAAAUUGCAUAUGGUCUAAAUAGGUAUGAAUGCCCGGGGGGUCACUGGGUGGUCACCAACCCUCACCAACCUGCGGUGGGUUGCGAUGUUGCAUCUGGGACGGAGUGUCCUAUCCUCAUAUCCUGUUUUGCACCGUCGCACGCUGUGCGGCAGCGGUGAGGGAGGUGCCGAUACGGCAACACUGUGAUAGCGUGCGUCGUCGGAGAAUGGAAACCAGUCCGGGUAUGCUACCUGGCGCAAAGGGUGAAGCUGCGCCAGGCUGCCGGCCAGUUUCGGACCCCUGGUUGGCUGAGAAAGGAGCACACCAGGGGCUUACACAAAAUGGAAAAGGCUAGCACCAAUACGAAUGCCACAUUACAAGAAGGGACAGUCCCAAUAUGCUAACUAGGGUUCGGGCUGUGCUGGCGCAGGGCAGACCACACCUGGCACACACGACUAGGGUUCGGGAAGCCGAAUGGACGGGUUCAUUGUGGCGGGAGGUAAGCGCCAUGCAAACACUUGCGAGGUGAAUCCGAACACAUUGCGCCUCGGAGUCCAGGUGGGUUCGCUCGCUCGGUCACGGCGUCGCGACUUGAUGAUGGUUAUGUCAGCCCAAGCAGCCCUUCGAACUUCGCUCCUUACCCAGCCCCACAAGGCUGGCCAUAUAGCGGCUGCCAAAGCCUACUGAUUGGAAAAAGCGUAAAGUGGGCAGGUAGGCCAAGGCCUCAUCUCGCUC